GAGGUCCUUCAGCCAACGCGGCGCGCAAUACUGACGUCACAUUAUACACGGGGCGCGUGUUCUGCAAAUACUCGAUUCAUCCCGAAGCUUUGUUGUUUUUUUUACUCAUAGGUAACUUUGAUUGAAUGGGUUACUGAUUGUUACACAUUGUCUGGUUUUGUUAACAAAAGUAAUAAACAAAAUAGGAGAACUUUCCGAGUUCUAAGGUAACUGUAUUUGGUCACGUGCAGAGCACGCAAGGCAAGGAAAAGCAGCGAUGAAAAUCAUGAAGCGACCAAAUAUUCUACUGACAGGUAAACAAGUCUUCAUCCAACUAGUUAACGAUCUAUUUAACUACCACUGUCUACCCACAUGUAUAAAGAUAUUUCAUUUGUAAGUGUACGUGUUCAGGGCGAUUCUGUGCUUGUGGCUAGCCAACGCACCACUAAUAAGCUCGAAAGAUGCUGCGUGGUCGAAUUUCCUGGCUGGUGGCUAGCUACUGUACAUAACACCCAACUUCAUAACUUUCGCAUCUGUCAUUUUGGUUUGCAUAGCUACCCAAUUUAGAGAUAUAAAAGGAAGACGUUUGGGACGUAGUUGCAGGUGUACAACGGAGAAGUAGGCUAAAAUUGAGAUAGCUAACGUUACCUACCUAGUUAGCACGUUGAUGAUGAUCAUGCCGUCCUGACAGGCACCCCUGGCGUAGGGAAGACCACCCUGGGAAAAGAGCUUGCCCAGAGGACAGGACUAACCUAUGUCAAUGUAGGCGACCUGGCACAAGAAGGUAAGAAGACACACCAGGGGUCUAUUCAUUAGUCGGAUUCCGUUGCAAAACGUUUUGCAAUAGAAACCGUUUACUAUAAAAACAGAAAAUGUUUUGCAGCGAAAACGAGUUUCUAUUGGUCAGUUAGGCCCCUCCCCGUUCUUUCCAUUUGGGAACCUAGAGUAAACUGUUUCCGUUGCAAAACGUUUUCCAAACGUAAUCUGACUGAUGAAUACACCCCAGACUACUAAAUGCACAAGGAUACCCUAGCUACAGUCCCUUCAGAAAGUAUUCACACACCUCGACUUUUUCCAAAUUUUGUUGUUACAGCCUGAAUUUAAAAUGGAUGAAAUUGAGAGAAAAACAUUGUCACUGGCCUACACACAACACCCUAUAAUGUCAGGUGAUUAUUAUGUUAUUUGAAAUGUUUAAAAAUGAAAAGCUGAAAUUUCUUGAGUCAAGAAAUAUUCAACCCCUUUGUUAUGGCAAGCCUAAAUAAGUUCAGGAUGAAGAAUGUGCUUAACAAGUCACAUAAUAAGUUGCAUGGACUCACUCUGUGUGCAAUAAUAGUGUUUAACAUGAUUUUUUAAAUAACUCAUCUCUGUACCCCACACAUACAAUUAUCUGUAAGGUCUGUCGAGCAGUGAAUUUCAAACACAGAUUCAACCACAAAGACCAGGGAGGUUUUCCAAUGCCUCGCAAAGGGCACCUUUUAGUAGAUGGGUAGAACAUUUUUAAAAAGCAGACAUUGAAUAUCCCUCUGAGCAUGGUAAAGUUAUUAGUUACACUUUGGAUGGUGUAUCAAUACACCCAUUCACUACAAAGAUACAGGUGUCCUUCCUAACUCAGUUGCUAGAGAGGACUUUAAAUGGUGACUUUAAAAAUAAUAAUAAUAAUAAUAUGCCAUUUAGCAGACGCUUUUAUCCAAAGCGACUUACAGUCAUGCGUGCAUGACUGUAAGUUACAGAGUUUAAUGGGUGUGAUAGUUACAGAGUUUAAUGGGUGUGAUAGGAGAAAACUGAGGAUGGAUCAACAACAUUGUAGUUACUCCACAAUAAUAACCUAAUUUACAGAGUGAAAAGAAGGAAGCCUGUACUGAAUAAAAAUAUUCCAAAACAUGCAUCCUGUUUGCAACAAGGCACUAAAGUAAUACUGCAAAAAAUGUGGCAAAACAAUUAACGUUUUGUCCUGAAUACAAAGUGUUAUGUUUGUGGAAAUACAACACAUUACUGAGUACCAUUCUCAAUAUUUUCAAGCAUAGUGGUGGCUGCGUCAUGUUAUGGGUAUGCUUAUAAUCGGACUGGGUUUUUCAAGAUAAAAAAAAGAAGAAAUGGAAUGGAGCUAAGCACAGGCAAAAUCCGAGAGGGAAACCUGUUACGUCUGCUUUCCACCGGACACUGGGAGAUUAAUUCACCUUUCAGCAGGACAAUAACCUAAAACACAAGGCCAAAUCUAUACUGGAGUUGCUUACCAAGAAGACAGUGAAUGUUCCUGAGUGUCCAAGUUACAGUUUUGACUUGAAUCUACUUGAAAAUCUAUGGUAAGACCUGAAAAUGGUUGUCUAGCCAUGAUCAACAACCAAUUUGACAGAGCUUGAAUAAUUUUGAAAAGAAUGAUGGCCAAAUGUUGCACAACCCAGGUGUGGAAAGCUCUUAGAGACUUACCCAGAAAUACUCACAGCUGUAAUCGCUGCCAAAGGUGCUUCUACAAAGUAUUGACUCAGGGUUGUGAGUACAUAUGUAAAUUAUAUAUUUAUAUAUUUAUUUUUACUUUGUUAUGGGGUAUUGUGUGUAGAUUGGUGAGAAAAAAACAUAUAUUUAAUCCAUGUUGAAUUCAGGCUGUAACACAACAACAUGUGGAAUAAGUCAAGGGGUAUGAAUACUUUCUGAAGUCACUGUAUCUAUCAUAACACUACCCCAUCUCGACUAUCAUUGUGUUUUCACAUGAAAGGAGUAUAAAUAGGCCUAUCUAUCUAAUUCGAAGUUUUGGAGAUCAUGCUGAUGACGUUGUUUAUUUUGGUCUCUUCAGGGCAGCUGUUUGAUGGCUUUGAUGAAGAGUACCAGUGCCCAGUUCUAGAUGAGGACCGGGUGAGUCUUAUCUCCUCUAAAACAGUCUAUUCACAUCCUCAUGACGAAGCCAGACAAAGCCUGUGUAUUUUAGGUACUGCAGUUACCCGCCACAGGACUCCAGUGUGUUUUGAUUCCCGUCGAAGUUUAAGGCUGACUGUUUUUAUUUCAUUGUGUGUUCCAGGUGGUGGAUGAGCUGGAGGAUAAGAUGGGGGACGGAGGGGUGAUAGUGGACUACCACGGCUGUGACUUCUUCCCAGAGCGCUGGUUCCAGAUUGUCUUCGUGCUCCGCACAGACAACACCAACCUCUAUAGCCGGCUGGAGGGCAGGUGGGUUUCUCCUGGCAAAUUGAAAACAUUUAACAGUGUAUUUGCUAGACGUCACGUAUACGAAUUAUCACUGACGUGCUGUUUUCCAAAAGGGCUACAUACACUAUGUCUCUCUCCUUCUUACUUUUUUCAUACUAUCGUGCCAACCCAAAUCUUUCUGCGCUGGCUCAGAGGUUUUAUUUGCUCAUUGUACUUUCAGCACGGUCCCAGCAACUAUGGUGGAUGCGUAAACAGGCCAGUGGACCACAACCCAUUAUGGCUCGUCUCAGUAGUCUAAAACGGCUAUCUCUCUCCUCCAUAGGGGCUACACAGGGAAGACAAGCUAUCUCUCUCCUCCAUAGGGGCUACACAGGGAAGACAGGCUAUCUCUCUCCUCCAUAGGGGCUACACAGGGAAGACAGGCUAUCUCUCUCCUCCAUAGGGGCUACACAGGGAAGACAGGCUAUCUCUCUCCUCCAUAGGGGCUACACAGGGAAGACAGGCUAUCUCUCUCCUCCAUAGGGGCUACACAGGGAAGACAGGCUAUCUCUCUCCUCCAUAGGAGCUACACAGGGAAGACAGGCUAUCUCUCUCCUCCAUAGGAGCUACACAGGGAAGACAGGCUAUCUCUCUCCUCCAUAGGGGCUACACAGGGAAGACAGGCUAUCUCUCUCCUCCAUAGGAGCUACACAGGGAAGACAGGCUAUCUCUCUCCUCCAUAGGGGCUACACAGGGAAGACAGGCUAUCUCUCUCCUCCAUAGGGGCUACACAGGGAAGACAGGCUAUCUCUCUCCUCCAUAGGGGCUACACAGGGAAGACAGGCUAUCUCUCUCCUCCAUAGGGGCUACACAGGGAAGACAGGCUAUCUCUCUCCUCCAUAGGGGCUACACAGGGAAGACAGGCUCUCUCUCUCCUCCAUAGGAGCUACACAGGGAAGACAGGCUCUCUCUCUCCUCCAUAGGGGCUACACAGGGAAGACAGGCUAUCUCUCUCCUCCAUAGGGGCUACACAGGGAAGACAGGCUAUCUCUCUCCUCCAUAGGGGCUACACAGGGAAGACAGGCUAUCUCUCUCCUCCAUAGGAGCUACACAGGGAAGACAGGCUAUCUCUCUCCUCCAUAGGGGCUACACAGGGAAGACAGGCUAUCUCUCUCCUCCAUAGGAGCUACACAGGGAAGACAGGCUAUCUCUCUCCUCCAUAGGGGCUACACAGGGAAGACAGGCUAUCUCUCUCCUCCAUAGGGGCUACACAGGGAAGACAUUUAUACAUUUUCUUAUUUCUCUCUCUGUGUACCACCUUUAGAAGAAAUGCAAAGCACAUAGAGAAUUAAGACUGUACAAAACACUUCCCUCUUCCCUGUUAAGACCCUAUGGAGGAGACAGAAAGCUCUGACACAUGAUCUGUCUCUUUCUCCCCUCUACAGGGGCUACACAGGGAAGAAGCUGCAGGACAAUGUCCAGUGUGAGAUCUUCCAGACCAUCUAUGAGGAGGCCAUGGAGGCCUACAAGGAGGAGAUUGUCCACCAGUUGCCCAGCAACGAGCCUGAGGACCUGGAGCGUAACCUGGAGCAGAUAGUCCAGUGGAUAGAGCAGUGGGUGAAGGACAACAACUAGCACGGACACAAACCCUAGAAACCAAAACAGUGCAUGGCUGGAAUAUUCUUCAUACCAGAAAAACAUACCAUGGGACUCUUCAUGUUUGUUGAAAAAAAUCUAAACACCUUUAACUUAUAUCAAUCACACACAUACUAGGCUUUGCUAGGAUAGUACUGAGGCUUGAAAUCCUGGUCCUGGUUUUGGUUCGAGCACAACGUGUAUCACACCUGAUUGUUGAAUUGAUCAACCAAUCAUUUGAGUUGUUGAAAUGGGUGUGAUAGUCUUGGACUGGAACAAAAAAAAUAUGCCCCAGGUCCGAAAAAAAAAACCCGAAAACCAUCUAGCAUAGUCGACAACAUUGAUGACAUAAUAUUGGUAAACAGUACACUCUUAUCGUAGACAUGUUUACAGUCUAAGACAUGGACAACCACACUCACACACACAGGUAAAGAGCAGGGCAUGGUUACCUCACUGAGCAGAGGCCCAGCGUAAUGAUAAUAAAUGGGUGUAUCUCAAAUGGCAGCCUGUUCACUAUAUAGUGCACUAGUUUUGACCAGGGCCUAGGACACUGGUCAAAGGUAGUGCACUAUAU